UCCUUUUGUCACCUUCUUCCUUGUUCCUUCAAACUGUUCGGAGGUGGCUCUAUUUCGAGCUGUCUCCACCUUGAUCGGAUCUUCUUAUCAUCUAUCGCAGCCCCCUUCUGCCCCAGUCUGUACAUCGCAUUCUCAAUCCUACAAAAAAUUCAACAACGGAAAAAACGAACAAAAAAAAUCCGACCUUUUUCUCGCUAUAUUUUCUCUCGGAAACCAGAAGAAAAACCCACGCAAUCCGCAGCCCAUUCAUGGCCUGAAACCCGUUGAUUUCGUCCAUUGGUGGCUGUUCCUGGGUGGGUCGGCGUUAAAUGGGCAAUGUAACGUCGAACGUGGCGGCGCGAUUCGCUUUCUUCCCGCCCGACCCGCCGACGUACGACGUGUACAGAGAAGGCGAUGGGAGGAUUAUCUUCACGGGGCUGUCGGCGGACAAGAAUGUCGACGUCCAUUUGAUCGACACCAAAGGCGGCAACAAGAUUGUGGCCACCUUCUGGAAGCACCCUUAUGGCCGGUUCACGAUUCUCUAUUCUCAUGGCAACGCCGCCGAUUUGGGUCAGAUGCAGGACCUUUUCAUUGAGCUCAGAGCCCACCUCCGUGUCAACAUCAUGAGUUAUGAUUAUUCAGGGUAUGGAGCAUCCUCUGGUAAGCCAUCUGAGUUCAACACAUACCACGACAUAGAAGCUGUCUACAAUUGUUUGAAGAGUGAAUAUGAGAUUAAGCAGGAGGAUUUGAUUCUGUAUGGCCAAUCCGUUGGGAGUGGCCCUACACUACACUUAGCUGCUCGUUUACAAAGGUUGAGAGCUGUUGUUCUUCACAGUGCCAUCCUUUCAGGAAUCCGAGUUCUAUAUCCCGUCAAAAUGACACUCUGGUUUGACAUUUUCAAAAACGUAGACAAAAUACGGAAUGUCAGCUGUCCAGUUCUUGUUAUACAUGAUUUUAAACUCUAUGCAUGGAGAACUUCAAGGAUGCAGUUCUAGAAAGCAAAUGGAGCAGCAUGGCAGCCAAGCAAUGAUCUUGUUGACCAUUAUCCGGAGGGCAAAACAAUGAAACUUGACUGAACCGUCUCCGUUCUGAACAAUCUAAAGAAUGGCUCUGUUACAAGCCGAAAUUACAAUGUAAUAUUAAUAUUCCUACCAGGACCGUAAGCAGAGAGGGGAAAAUAUUUGGGUGCUUGACAUCGGGAUGUUGUAGUAUGGAAAUGUUGGAGAAGAGAAGGUAAAAGGACGGAUCUCACCACGUAUUGUGGCCUAAUAACACUUCUUUACGAGUACGUCCCUGGUGCAUGAGACUCCCCUUUUUACAACGGUCAAGGAAGGGUCAUAUUUGUAUACAGCAUUCUCCUUGCAAUUCACUUCGUUCGUCCCUUCCUUUUGUUAUUAUUCUUUUUUCUUUUUAUGCAAGUGAACACGCCUUAUCACUGCUGAUUCAGGUUACCAAAAAUUCUGAUGAGAUGGUAGAGCACCACUAGGUCAAAACCUGGUGAAUGGGGUAAUAAUAUGAAGAUGCAAUCUAAACCAUAGCUUAUAGUCCACUAGAACUGAGCUGUGGACUGAUCGGAUUACUUGAUUCUGCUUAUAUCUUUCUGAACUUUGGAUAACUUUUUUCUCUUCUUUGAAGAGGGAAAAGGGAGUUUACAUGGUAUCUUGCAUGGAAUUGCUUUCAGGGAUGGAACUGUUUCCCAUGUGGCUCAUGUUAUUUUCCCCUUUCUGUGGCCGAAUCGUUUCCAGGGAACGAACGAUGAGAUUGUCGACUGGUCGCAUGGGAGGCGACUGUGGGAGCUGUCAAAAGAGAAGUAUGAUC